CAGUCAACGCGCGGCGUUCGAGUUCUUUGGAUCGCGCUGAAAACUGAAAUCGAAGGACCACACAGAGAUAAUCAAAAGAAACUGAAAUUCAAAAAGAGUCCUUAAAUCUUAUUGUCAGUGAAGUGACCGAAAGAAGAGUGGAGAGAAAUAUUUAUUUCUUUGUGUAAUAAACUACUGUUAAUAGUUACCAUAAAUUAAUCUAUUUAAUUACAAGAAUAUAGUUUUUGAAAAGUGAAGCAAUUGAGUGCGGCCCGAAAAAGAGAGCCGCAGAAAGUUUGCGAACAGAAUUUAAUCAAAAACUUGGAGGGUAAAUUGUCCAAGUGGUUCACCUGUUGGCUGCAUUUUAAAUCAACGAGGCAAACAAUCAGCGCAGAGGAGCUGCUCCACGUUCCCCGGACAAGAUGUCGCAGCAUUUCACAUCGAUAUUUGAGAACCUGCGAUUCGUGACCAUCAAACGUUCGACAAAUGCGCAACAGCAACAGCAGCAGCAGCAACAGCAACUGCAGCAGCAGCAGCAGCAGCUGCAGCAACAGAAGGCACAGACACAGCAACAAAAUAGCAGAAAAAUCAAAACUCAAGCAACGCCAACGUUGAAUGGCAAUGGGCUCUUGAGCGGCAAUCCAAAUGGCGGAGGCGGUGACUCCUCGCCCAGCCAUGAAGUGGACCAUCCGGGUGGAGCACAAGGAGCUCAAGCAGCAGGAGGCUUGCCAUCUUCAAGUGGCACGCCAUUGAGGCACCACAAGCGCGCCAGUAUCUCCACAGCAUCGCCUCCAAUCCGCGAACGGCGUGGCACCAACACCAGCAUCGUGGUCGAACUGGAUGGCAGUGGCAGCGGGAGUGGGAGUGGCGGUGGUGGCGUUGGCGUUGGUCAGGGUGCGGGUUGUCCUCCCUCGGGCAGCUGCACUGCGUCCGGAAAAAGUUCGCGGGAACUAUCGCCGUCGCCGAAAAACCAACAGCAGCCCAGAAAGAUGUCACAGGAUUAUCGGUCGCGUGCCGGCAGUUUUAUGCACCUGGACGACGAGGGACGCAGUCUGCUGAUGCGCAAGCCGAUGAGACUGAAGAACAUCGAGGGCAGGCCGGAGGUCUACGACACGCUGCACUGCAAGGGUCGCGAGAUUCUUUCCUGCUCGAAGGCCACCUGUACGAGCAGCAUUAUGAACAUUGGCAAUGCGGCGGUGGAGGCCAGGAAAUCCGAUCUGAUCCUCGAACACGCCAAGGACUUCCUCGAGCAGUACUUUACAUCGAUAAAGCGUACAUCAUCUACCGCCCACGAGACGCGAUGGAAACAGGUGCGCCAGAGCAUUGAGACCACUGGACAUUAUCAGCUAACCGAAACGGAACUAAUUUAUGGUGCCAAAUUGGCCUGGCGCAAUUCUUCACGUUGCAUUGGCCGAAUACAAUGGUCGAAGUUGCAGGUCUUUGACUGUCGGUAUGUGACAACAACAAGUGGCAUGUUUGAAGCCAUUUGCAAUCACAUUAAAUAUGCAACAAAUAAGGGCAACCUGAGAUCGGCCAUCACGAUAUUUCCACAACGCACAGAUGCCAAGCAUGAUUAUCGCAUUUGGAAUAACCAAUUAAUAUCUUAUGCCGGCUACAAGCAGGCGGAUGGGAAAAUCAUUGGCGAUCCCAUGAAUGUGGAGUUUACAGAGGUCUGCACCAAGCUGGGCUGGAAGAGCAAGGGCAGCGAGUGGGACAUACUGCCAUUGGUGGUCUCGGCCAAUGGUCACGAUCCGGACUACUUUGAUUACCCGCCCGAAUUGAUACUGGAAGUUCCGCUGACCCAUCCAAAAUUCGAAUGGUUCUCGGAUCUGGGACUGCGAUGGUACGCCCUGCCCGCCGUAUCCAGUAUGCUGUUCGAUGUGGGCGGCAUUCAGUUUACGGCCACCACAUUCAGUGGUUGGUACAUGUCGACAGAGAUUGGCAGCCGGAAUUUAUGCGACACAAAUCGCCGCAAUAUGCUGGAGACGGUGGCGCUGAAGAUGCAACUGGACACCCGUACGCCCACAUCCUUGUGGAAGGACAAGGCUGUGGUGGAGAUGAACAUUGCCGUGCUCCACUCCUACCAGAGUCGCAACGUGACCAUUGUGGAUCACCACACGGCCAGCGAGAGCUUUAUGAAGCAUUUCGAGAACGAGUCCAAGCUCAGGAAUGGGUGUCCCGCUGAUUGGAUUUGGAUCGUGCCGCCGCUGUCGGGCUCCAUAACGCCGGUAUUCCAUCAGGAGAUGGCUCUGUACUACCUGAAGCCCUCGUUCGAGUACCAGGAUCCCGCCUGGCGAACCCACGUGUGGAAGAAGGGGCGUGGCGAGAGCAAGGGCAAGAAGCCAAGACGUAAAUUCAAUUUUAAACAAAUCGCUAGGGCUGUGAAAUUUACAUCGAAACUAUUUGGACGCGCCUUAUCGAAACGCAUAAAGGCAACAGUUCUAUAUGCCACCGAAACUGGCAAAUCGGAGCAAUAUGCGAAGCAACUUUGUGAACUCCUAGGGCACGCAUUCAAUGCACAGAUAUAUUGCAUGUCCGACUACGAUAUAUCCUCCAUUGAGCACGAGGCAUUGUUAAUUGUUGUGGCCUCCACCUUUGGCAACGGUGAUCCGCCCGAAAACGGCGAGGUAAGUACUCCCCCCCGCAAGGAUCAUACUGAACUAAUUAAUGGAUUAGGCCCAGCCGCCUUCUAAUGACCCGAAAUGUGAACUUUAACUUUUCGCCCCUGCCACGCAGCUUUUCUCCCAGGAAUUGUAUGCGAUGCGUGUCCAGGAGUCUUCCGAGCAUGGAUUGCAGGACUCCAGCAUUGGCUCGUCAAAGUCCUUCAUGAAGGCCAGCUCGCGGCAGGAGUUCAUGAAGCUGCCACUGCAACAGGUGAAGAGAAUCGACCGCUGGGACUCGCUGCGGGGCUCCACCUCGGACACCUUCACCGAGGAGACCUUUGGCCCCCUCUCCAAUGUCCGGUUCGCCGUUUUUGCCCUCGGCUCCUCGGCCUAUCCAAAUUUCUGCGCCUUCGGUCAGUAUGUGGACAACAUUCUGGGCGAGCUGGGCGGCGAACGCCUGCUGAGGGUGGCCUACGGCGACGAGAUGUGCGGACAGGAGCAGUCGUUCCGGAAGUGGGCGCCCGAGGUAUUCAAGUUGGCCUGCGAGACCUUCUGCCUGGAUCCAGAGGAGAGCCUUUCGGAUGCCUCGCUAGCCCUGCAGAACGAUUCGCUGACUGUGAAUACGGUGCGCCUGGUGCCGUCGGCGAAUAAGGGAUCCCUGGACAGCAGUUUAUCCAAGUACCACAACAAGAAGGUGCACUGCUGCAAGGCGAAGGCGAAGCCCCACAAUUUGACCCGUUUGAGUGAGGGAGCCAAGACAACGAUGCUGCUGGAGAUCUGUGCACCUGGCUUGGAGUACGAGCCGGGUGAUCAUGUGGGCAUCUUUCCGGCGAAUCGAACGGAACUGGUCGACGGACUGCUAAAUCGACUGGUGGGUGUGGAUAAUCCCGACGAGGUGCUGCAGUUGCAAUUGCUAAAGGAAAAGCAGACAUCGAAUGGUAUAUUCAAGUGCUGGGAGCCGCACGACAAAAUACCGCCGGAUACUCUAAGGAAUCUUCUGGCCCGAUUCUUUGAUCUGACCACUCCGCCAUCGCGACAGUUGCUCACCCUGCUGGCAGGAUUCUGUGAGGAUACCGCGGACAAGGAGCGGCUGGAGUUGCUGGUCAACGAUUCGUCGGCCUACGAGGACUGGCGGCACUGGCGGCUGCCCCAUCUGCUGGACGUUCUCGAGGAGUUCCCCUCGUGCCGACCACCGGCUCCCCUUCUGCUUGCCCAACUAACGCCGCUGCAGCCUCGCUUCUAUUCCAUUUCUUCGUCGCCGCGCCGCGUUAGUGACGAAAUCCACCUCACGGUGGCCAUCGUGAAGUACCGCUGUGAAGAUGGCCAGGGAGACGAGCGGUAUGGCGUGUGCUCUAACUAUCUAUCCGGCUUGCGGGCAGACGACGAGCUGUUCAUGUUCGUGAGGAGCGCCUUGGGCUUCCAUUUGCCCAGCGAUCGGAGUCGUCCCAUUAUUCUGAUUGGUCCUGGCACAGGAAUAGCUCCAUUCCGCUCCUUUUGGCAGGAGUUCCAGGUGCUAAGCGACCUUGAUCCCACGGCCAAAUUGCCCAAGAUGUGGCUCUUCUUUGGCUGCCGUAAUCGGGAUGUCGAUUUGUACGCCGAGGAGAAGGCAGAGCUACAGAAGGAUCAAAUCCUAGACCGAGUUUUUCUCGCUCUGUCCAGGGAGCAGGCCAUUCCGAAGACAUAUGUGCAGGACCUGAUUGAGCAGGAAUUCGAUUCGUUGUACCAGUUGAUUGUCCAGGAGCGGGGCCACAUCUACGUCUGCGGCGAUGUCACAAUGGCCGAGCAUGUGUACCAGACCAUCAGGAAGUGCAUUGCCGGCAAAGAGCAGAAAAGCGAGGCGGAAGUUGAGACAUUUUUGCUAACACUGCGGGACGAAAGUCGCUACCACGAGGACAUCUUUGGCAUCACGCUGCGAACGGCUGAGAUACACACAAAGUCAAGGGCCACGGCCAGGAUACGAAUGGCCUCCCAGCCAUAAGGAUAGAUAUUCGAAGUAAUCAAAAUAGGAGGGUGACAUAUCCAAAUUCAAGAGGAAUACCAAGCACUUGCUCUUUUUUUUCUUCCAUAUUCAAAUGCAAUUAAAUAUUGUCGCUUUGUUCAUUACAUAUUCGUAUGAAUAACGUUUAAAUAAAUUACAUUUUAUUAUUGAUUCUAAUGUACAAAUCAAUUGUGAAAUCAAAAUCUAAAUGUUAAAAUAUAUUUCAAAUAAACGAAUCGAAAAAG